AUGGCUUCAGAUCCAAAGGUUCACACUUUCGAAGAGGUUGCAAAGCAUAGCAAAACCAAAGAUUGCUGGCUUAUUCUUUCUGGAAAGGUGUACGAUGUCACCCCUUUUAUGGAGGAUCAUCCUGGAGGCGACGAGGUUUUGUUGUCUGCAACAGGGAAAGAUGCAACCAAUGAUUUUGAAGAUGUGGGACACAGUGAUUCUGCUAGAGAAAUGAUGGACAAAUACUACAUCGGUGAGAUUGAUCCAGAAACUGUGCCACUAAAGCGCACCUACAUUCCGCCUCAGCAAUCUCAGUACAAUCCUGACAAGACUUCGGAAUUUGUGAUCAAGAUUUUGCAGUUCCUGGUGCCUCUCCUGAUUUUGGGCUUAGCCUUUGUUGUCAGAAACUACACCAAAGAGUAG